CUUGAUCAUAUAUAUCAUCAGCACAAUGGAGGUUUUGCGCCUACACGAAAACCUAUACGAAAACCGCCUCGCUAUGGCUAGAUGUAGAAUAGUAUGCCGAAAGGCCGGCUGUAAAUCAAUCUGUUUAUUUAAUUUUCUGUCGCGCUCUCCUAUGAUAGAGUUGACUUGAACAUUCGUAUAUUAAUCUUGCCAACAACGAUCACGAUACUCCAUUACGAUACUCAAUUUGACAAGCUUUGAAACUAACAGCGCCACGCGCAUAAAAGGACUAAUAGUCAGCAUGGUGGACACAACAACAACGAGCACAACGACAACGAACACAAGCUCUGUGUCAGAUCAGCAGCCCCUAAAUAUUGCGAAAUCCCCUUCCUUCUGUAGACUCUGUAACGCAGAAUUGAGUGACCAACAAACGUGGAAAGCCCAUCUCAAAAGCGAUGAGCAUGUUUACAAGCUUCGAUUAAAAGUAGCAGAGCCCGGCAGUGUUACAUCCCCGCCGCCACCCCCUUCAACAGACGCCGGUCAACCGAAAAGCAUAGCGCCUUCGCGCGCUCGAAGGAGAUAUGAACCUGAUGUUGGUGCUGACCAAGACCAAGACCAAGAUCAAGAUGUUGCUAGCGACACGGAAGACGAAACAGACGAUGAACUGGAAGACGAACUAGAAGAACCAUCGGCACUAGAUUUCGAUCCUGGCAGUUGUCUCUUCUGCGCGCAAGAGUCCGACAUAUUAGACGACAACAUGACACACAUGGCCGCCGCACAUGGCUUCAACGUACCAUUCCAAGAAUUCCUAGCCGUCGAUCUCGAGACGGUCGUCGAGUACCUACAUUUUGUCAUCUUCGGCUACCGAGAAUGCAUAUGCUGCGGCACGCGGCGGAGUACCGUCGAGGGCGUCCAGCAGCACAUGGUGGCCAAGGGCUAUUGCCGAUUUGACAUAUCCAUAGAGACCGAUGAAUUCUACGAAAUGCCACAAUCCGAAAACGCCGUGGUCGAGCAGGCGCAACACGACGGUUGCAUGCCGAUGCGCUUACCAUCGGGAAAGCUCAUCUCGCAUCGGAAGAAUCCCGAGAACCAAGAUCCUCAAGCCAAGCCCCGACCCGCCCGCCGAGAAACACCAGACCGACAUCCAAACCGUCCUCUAGACUCAUUUGCCCCACACACGGGGACUUCCCCGACUCCCAGUCUCGAGGUUGCCCAACGGGGAGGGAGCGGAAGCGGUGAAAUCGUGCGUAGUAGUGAGGCUAUACUUGCCGCGCAGCUGUCCAAGCUGAGAAUAGCGGGCGAUAGAAUACAGCACAAGGAAGAGAAGCGGAAGCGAUGGAGGCUGGAACGAGCGCAGAACAUCAUUUCGCUCAAGCGUUUCAAGCUAGAUAGUGCUGAUGGUCGGAUGGGUCGCCAGUUCUAGGGCGAAGCUAGCUUUCCUAUUCACGCCUAGCCAGGACCGAUUUUAGGUGUUGGCGGUAGUGUUGGUCCAGUGCCAGGAGGACUUGGAACUUUUGAUUAUAGCUUAAUCGCUUCAAUUGAACUGGUGUAACACCUUUCUACGUCUAUACUGUAUUCUUGAUCCUAAUGUGACGCUAGUUAGCUAGCGAGAAUAGAGAAACGAUUGCUUAAAAUAUGUUCAACUUGAAGGUUUGAAUUGCGCUCCUUGGUAAUACUCCAU